UUUAGCGCCAUCUGCUCGCGGCGCCGCCUCCUGCUCCUCCCGCUGCCGCUGCCGCCCUGAGUCACUGCCUGCGCAACUCCGGCCGCCUGGCUCCCCGUUCUAGCCGCCGAUAUUUGGAGUUCUUACAACAUGGCAGACAUUGACAACAAAGAACAGUCUGAACUUGAUCAAGAUUUGGAUGAUGUUGAAGAAGUAGAAGAAGAAGAAACUGGUGAAGAAACAAAAAUCAAAGCGCGUCAGCUGACUGUUCAGAUGAUGCAAAAUCCUCAGAUUCUUGCAGCCCUUCAAGAAAGACUUGAUGGUCUGGUAGAAACACCAACAGGAUACAUUGAAAGCUUGCCUAGGGUAGUUAAAAGACGAGUGAAUGCUCUUAAAAACCUUCAAGUUAAAUGUGCACAGAUAGAAGCCAAAUUCUAUGAGGAAGUCCAUGAUCUUGAAAGAAAAUACGCUGUUCUUUAUCAGCCUCUAUUUGAUAAGCGAUUCGAGAUCAUCAAUGCAAUUUAUGAACCUACAGAAGAAGAAUGUGAAUGGAAACCAGAUGAAGAGGACGAAAUCUCGGAGGAGCUGAAAGAAAAGGCCAAGGUUGAAGAUGAGAAAAAGGAUGAAGAAAAAGAAGACCCCAAAGGAAUUCCUGAAUUUUGGUUGACUGUUUUUAAGAAUGUCGACUUGCUCAGUGAUAUGGUUCAGGAACAUGAUGAACCUAUUCUGAAGCACUUGAAAGAUAUUAAAGUGAAGUUCUCAGAUGCUGGCCAGCCUAUGAGUUUUGUCUUAGAGUUUCACUUUGAACCCAAUGAGUAUUUCACAAAUGAAGUGUUGACAAAGACGUAUAGGAUGAGGUCUGAACCAGAUGAUUCUGAUCCGUUUUCUUUUGAUGGACCAGAAAUUAUGGGUUGUACAGGGUGCCAGAUAGAUUGGAAAAAAGGAAAGAAUGUCACAUUGAAAACCAUUAAGAAGAAGCAAAAACACAAGGGACGUGGAACAGUUCGUACUGUGACUAAAACCGUUUCCAAUGACUCUUUCUUUAAUUUUUUUGCCCCUCCCGAAGUUCCUGAGAGUGGAGAUUUGGAUGAUGAUGCUGAAGCUAUCCUUGCUGCAGACUUUGAAAUUGGUCACUUUUUACGUGAGCGUAUAAUCCCAAGAUCAGUGUUAUACUUUACUGGAGAAGCUAUUGAAGAUGAUGAUGAUGAUUAUGAUGAAGAAGGUGAAGAAGCAGAUGAGGAAGGGGAAGAAGAAGAUGAGGAAAAUGACCCAGACUAUGACGUGAAGAAGGAUCAAAACCCAGCAGAGUGCAAGCAACAGUGAAGCAGGAUGUAUGUGACCUUGAGGAUAACCUGCAGUGUAAUAGCCUAAACACAACUAUUAUUUACUUACAGCCUUAUGUUUUUGUAUUUUCUUGGUAGACUCUGUAAUUUUUUUUAAAGGAAAGGAACUGAUUUUAAAGACCAAUUUGUUCUACUUAGCAUUUUAACUGUAGUUUUCCUGCCAGAUAUGUUGAAUGCACAGAUUCUCUCAAGCAUGUUCAUUUAAUUGCUGUAUAGUUUGGUUCUUGUGGAGCGUUUUUGUCAUGUAGCUAUUAGAUUACAGCUUAUGUACAUUAACAGAACUGGUAAAUAAAACAAAUUUCUUGUUCUGCAAAUUAUUUUCCUAAAGAACCAAAGUAUUUUUUCAGCCUGUAGUUGAAUGGGUUUAAGUCUGCUUGUAUUAGCUGUGCCUUUCAUUACUUCGUUAUGGAAAUGCAGUGACUUACACUAAAAGAGAAUUCAUUGUUGCUUUUUUUUUUUUUUAACUUAGUGAGAUAAGUAUAUGGUUAAGAAUUUCCAGUAAGACCACAUCUGAUUACUAUCAGAUUGAUUAUAGAUUUUUGUAUUUUAGUGACAUAAUAGUAUGGGUAUUCCAUUGCCCACACGGAAGUGAAUAAAACCUAGUAUUUUCAGAAGUUAGCUUUAUACUAUUUUACUGUACUUUUAAACUUAACCUCCAUUAACUAAGCAUCUUUUCUUUGUGGUAGGGUCUACCUUCUGCUUCUCUGGAAAGGAUGAAUUUACAUCAUUUGACAAGCCUAUUUCAAGUUUUUUUGUUGUUUGUUUGCUUGUUUUUGUUUUUGCAACUUAAAAUAAAAAUGUCAAAUACAAUUUUAGGUCUCAGAAGGUAAUGUCUUAAUUUUGUAUUAAUUCAGGUAGAGACAGAGGCCUAGCUUAAAAUGGUUGUACCCAGUUUUUCAUAUUAUUGAAGAAAAGAGUGCCAGUUUUGGAAGAUGGUACUAUAUCUACUAAUAAGGUGUUAAAACAAGAAAGACAAAACCUUAAAUGAUGUGUAUUUUAAAAGGAGGAUUAUAAAGUUAAAUUUCAUUACUCUGGGUAGAGAGAAGGCCCAAGUCUCUACAGCUUAUUCUAAUUCUUAUUGCUUAAGUAUGAGUAUGUCAUUUACUCAUGCUUCUGUUUACUGUGUAUUAAAAAUGAUAGUGCUGUUUCCUUAACUACCUCACAGUUGUGUGGAGGCAUAUUAAGUUAAAUUUUGUGACAUGUUUCCUCAGUCUCAUUAAAAGCUCAAAAAUUUUGGACCUAUUUAGUGUACCACAAGUAUGAUAGCAUCUUAUUUAUUCCAGAGAUUGAUAAUUCUUAAACUGGAGAACAAAGGCCAAGUACCUGUAUUACGGACGUGGACAGGCAGCACGUGCAGAUCAUAGUGUGGCUCCUGUGAGGUGGAUUGAUGAGCAGCUGUUCCACAGGGUCCGAGAGCUUUGUUUUGUUUUUGAGGUAUUUUAGAUGACCAUAUUGUAGUAAAUACAGAGAUCAGGGGACUAAAGUGGAAAUAAAAAACAAAAACCGUUUUGCCAUUAAAUUUCAGAGAUGAGCCACACUUAAAAUACCUCAGGCUAAUUACUGUUAAUUUUUUGUGGUGAAUUAAAGCUUUGACUGUGAGGGUGAACUAAUCAGAUUGUAACUCAGAGGAAGGCUAAGAGUUUCUGUUCUUAAUAAAAUUACAUUGGGUUAAUUAUUA